AAGUUACUUCAGAGAGGCGAUCAAGUGAUAACCCAUCUAAGAAGAUAUCUAAGGUUGUUGGAAGUUAUAUGAAAUCGAGACCAACAACACCGUCAACUGCCGAACCACAUACUACCUCUAGACCGGUGACUCCCACUCUUCCUUCCUUUUCACAAAGCGCUAAUGUCAUCAAUGUAACUAUUAAUUACGCUGGUACCGAUUCCAAAGGAAUAGAUUCUGAUGAGUAG